ACAAUUAUAUGGACAACUUUUAGAGAUAAAUCUUGCUAAUUGUUGCUCUGUUAAAUUCAAAUUUAUUAUUUUCACUCUUGUGACAGGGAUUUUUCGUUCAGGAUGUUACGACUGAUGACCUUUCCUUCAUUCAGGAUGAAAACACCAUGGCUUGCAUGCAAGGGAAAGCUAUUCACAAGUUCGCAGAAGACACCAAGUUUGAUUUUCAUUUCUGGAGGAGUUUUGCUGGCGUCUGCUAUUCAUCCAACUCAAAGGUGUGUUCCAGACAGUGAAAUACUGAAACUGAGAGCUGUUGCGGACAAAAGAGAAGCGAUUGAGGCCUACGAAAAGCUAAAGAAAGAAAUGCGGAUAAAUUCAGAGUUUGGAAAGACAGCAGACUGGGACCAAUUGAUAUUUGUGGUUAAAGCAGCAAUAGAAGCCAAACGACUUCGGGAGGAGCUGAUUGCAGCAAAACAAUUUGAGGAGGAUCAGUUGCGUCAGGCUGUGGAGGCUGAUGAGGCCUUGAAAGCAGAAGCGGAAAAACUGUUUGGCCAAAGAGAGCGCGUCAUUAGAGCUCAGUGCCAGAAGGAAUUUCACGAACAAGUCAGGCAAGAGACAGAAUUGGCAAGAAACAGACUCAAUGACAUCUCCAAGGAACUCAACAUGGAGCUAGAAAAGCAGCUGAAUGAUCAAAUUGACAUCCAGAACAGAGCCAUGGUGAGAAACAUGGUCAGCAAGUUCAGAGAUCUGAGGAGUCAGUCAGAAGACAUGGUUAAUCUGGUUACAAAUGUCCUCACCACAAAGCAAAAUGAUUUUGAAAAUCAGGAUAGAUUCGUCAAGGAAAAUAAAGGACUCAUGGAAUUAAGAGAACAGUGCAUGGCAGUAGAGGCAGCAUUGAAAAUUGACAAGAACACAGCUCCAAAUUGGAACGAGCAGACAUGCCAGAUAUCAGAGCUGGCUGAAUGCACAAGAAGAGUCUUUCAUGACGGAAGCGAUGCCUUGGGCGAAGCGGUUCUCCGCUCUAUUCCAAGUCUCGCCAUCAAACGUGGAGUGCUAACCGAAAUCGGACUUCGCACCAGGUUCGAACAGGUGGAGAAGGUGUCCCACAAACUGGCAAUGUUGAAGGAAGAAGGACCUCACCCAGGCACUGCCUAUGUUGCGUCUUACAUACGAUCGGCCCUGAUCGUUGGCAACAAAUUGUGCACUCGCGACCUAACCUCAGACUUUGUCCCUGAAGACCUAGACAACGCCGAUCUCCUUUACCGCGCUAGUGCAUGCGUUAAGAACAACGACUUUGUCAACGCUGUCAAGUUCAUGGAGCGUCUGAGAGGAGCUCCAACCAAGGCUGUGGCAGGUUGGCUGAGCGAAGCCCACAACUUCCUCAAAGUGAAGCACGCGAUUAACAUUCUGAAAAACUACUGCACUCUCAAGAUCAACAGGUGCUGCUACAAGUCGCCCAUUCUGGUGAUUGACGGCAAAGCCACGAACGAGUCUUGGUUUAAAUAAAAGCUCAAAGAUUUGACUCCGUUAAACAAA